CCUCCUUUGAGCUUCGACAUCCUGCUGUAACCGUGUGGGGAUGGCCAUCAUUCCGGCUGCAACCUUGUAGCGCGGGUGUCGGCAGUCAGUCAGUCCCACAGCUCAGCUCAGCUCAGCACACACAGCGCUGCGUCCAGGACCGAGCACCUCACUCCACAGGCUUGGUAAGAAGUCGGGCAGCCUUCACACUCUGCCGGCGAUGAAUGAAGCCGCUGAAAUCCAGGGGUCCUAUGACUACGACCUGAUAGUCAUCGGAGGAGGGUCUGGAGGACUGGCAGCUUCAAAGGAAGCUGCCUCGCAUGGGAAGAAAGUGUUGGUCUUGGAUUACGUGGAACCCACGCCUCGAGGAACUGCCUGGGGCCUUGGUGGGACAUGCGUCAAUGUGGGCUGUAUCCCAAAGAAGCUGAUGCACCAAGCAGCACUGCUGCACCAGAGUCUCGAUGACGCCAGGACGUUUGGCUGGACGUUUGAUGAGAAAGUCCGCCAUGAAUGGUCAACUCUGAGGGAAGCCAUUCAGAAUUACAUCGGCUCACUUAACUGGGGCUACAAAAUCUCCCUGAGGGAGAAUGCUGUUACCUAUGAGAAUGCUAAAGGAGAAUUUGUGGGACCUCACAAGAUCAAGACCACAAAUAAAAAAGGAAAGGAAGCGUUUCACACGGCAGAGACCUUCAUCUUGGCCACAGGAGAGCGUCCUCGCUACCUGGGGGUUGCUGGUGAUAAGGAGUAUUGCAUCACCAGUGAUGACCUCUUCUCGCUUCCCUACUGUCCCGGGAAGACUUUGGUGGUCGGCGCAUCCUACGUCGCGCUGGAGUGCGCUGGGUUUCUGGCGGGACUUGGGCUGGACGUGACCGUCAUGGUCCGCUCCAUCCUUCUGCGUGGGUUCGAUCAGCAACUGGCAAACUUGAUUGGGGACCACAUGGAGUCCCACGGAGUUAAAUUCCUCCGCCAGUUUGUGCCGUCCAAGAUAGAAGAAGUUGAAGCGGGCACUCCAGGGAAAGUGAGAGUAACGGCUCAAUCUAUAGUGGGCUCGGAGACCUUUGAAGGGGAAUAUAACACGGUAUUGUUAGCGAUUGGGAGAAAUGCUUGCACUAAAAAUAUUGGCUUGGAUAAAGUGGGAGUAAAAGUGAACGCAAGGUCGGGUUGCAUUCCUGUCGAUGACAAGGAACAAACAAACGUACCGUACAUCUACGCCAUUGGUGACAUACUGGAUGGCAAGUUGCAGCUCACCCCGGUGGCCAUCCAGGCUGGUCGCUUGCUUGCCAACAGGCUGUAUGGAGGCUCCACUGUCCAGUGCGACUAUGUCAAUGUGCCCACCACUGUCUUCACUCCCUUGGAAUACGGAGCCUGCGGUCUUUCGGAAGAAGCGGCUUUGGAAAAGUACGGAGAAGAGAAUGUGGAGAUCUAUCACAGUUACUAUUGGCCGUUGGAAUGGACCGUCCCAUCAAGAGAUAACAACAAAUGUUAUGCCAAGAUUGUUUGCAACAAGCAAGAUCAUGAGAGGGUCAUUGGUUUCCAUGUACUGGGCCCGAAUGCAGGAGAAAUCACACAAGGGUUUGGUGCAGCAAUGAAGUGUGGAAUAACCAAGGAGCAGUUGGACAGCACCAUAGGAAUUCACCCAGUCUGUGCUGAGGUAUUCACCACACUAAAAGUCACAAAACAAUCUGGGGCAAAUGCUCAACUCUCUGGUUGCUGAGGUUAGUCCCUGCUGUUGUCACAGUUGCUGUACUGGUUCACUACAUCACUAACUCCCACUGUCCGGUCUGAAGCCUUCGUUUAGAGACGCCAUCCAUCGUCCCCUCCAAAGGAGAGGUGUUCUUCAGGAACACUCGCAGGCUCUCUUGACAGUGAGAUGAUGUGGGUGCCAUCGACAGCCAGUGCAACGGCAGGGUUACUCCUUGUUUUUUAAAGCGAGAUGAUGCAUUGUAGAGCCUCGUCCUGAUGCUGUUAUGAAGUCCCGGCCUGGAACCAUUUUCACAUGGAAGGCUGUGAUGGAAAACUACAAGCAAACGUCUUGCAACUCUCAGCGAUUCACGAGCAUGGUCUUCCAACACCAUUCAAACACAGACCAAAAUCAGAAGCAGAAAAAAAAACUCGUGUUAUGUGUCAUCUGCAGUUUUUGUGUAUUCCUUAUCAAAUUAUGGAAAUUCCGUUUUUAUAAUCAUCCUGCACACUUCCACUCUUCCACACUUGGGUGUGAGUGAACUUUUUUGUAUGAAUUGUUUUAUCAUUGACGCAUUAUAUAUUUUGCUCUAGUUCUUUGAGUGCAGAAUAAUGUAGUUGCAUUUAUUUAAUCUGUGCCUCAGUUUGAUCUAUUGCCUGUGGCCGGCCAGUUCCAGGUCAUCUUUUCCCCCAUUCAGACGGUGUAAAACGAUCUACUGUACCGAUUAUAGACAGAAAAUGUUGUAGUAACUCAGCGGUAACUCUGGAGAAAGUAAUGGGUGACGUUUCAGGUCGAGACCCCUCAUCAGACUGAGAUUACUGACUAAGACUGUACCUGUUAUUGCUCUCCACGGCCUAAUGCCAAUUUGAUCCCCAAUGUUUGGACGUUACUUUUGUGGGUCAGUUCGUAAAGAUGGACCAUAAGUGGAUCUCUUCCCUUGCACAUUCCUCGAAUCAUUGCAACCUCAGACUCUGUGAUAUAGUAUCUUUCUUCUAUCAUUCUCCAGCAAAGAAAUUCUCCCUGAUACAACCUUCAAUGACUGAAUCUUCACUUUCUCUUAUAGAGAUGACUUUGGUUGUUGGAUUUGCCAGUAAGUGGAGGUUCACUGUUUGCACCUAUACCAGAGUGAUCUUAAAUGGUUCGUACCUAUGCUAAAGUUGUGGUAAAUCUGCACUUUUAGACUGGCCACAGUCUGGAGCAUCAGGACAUUCUAAGCGGUAAAUGUAGUCUCAGGGUCUCGCUUAAGAACUGCUCAGUAAAUGUUGAACCGUUUUGUUUGCUGGUUGGGCUGUUGUCAAUUCUGCCUUUGGGAAGCUAACUUUCUGCAAGCUCUUGACUUGGAGUCCAGGACCGUGCAGGUUGAACCACUUUGCACUGAGGUAUGAUUCUGUGCUUGGAGCUAGUGUAUCAUUCCUUUACAAUGUUCUGCCUGAAUUGUUCUGGUGAAAACUAAUUUCUCCCCACAGCCCUGUUUGGAUUAUGAAUUCUCCAAUCCAUUGUACUUAACACAAUCCUUCAAUCACUGGCUUAUUGCACUUGGUGCUGGCAGCUUGAAUGUUCUUAACGCAUUGCCUGACCGUCCUGAAAUGCACAAAUCUGCCGACUGUACCUCUUAGUGGCAAUGUUAAUGAAAUUAAUGGGUUAUUACAUUUUCAAUUGAUUGAACCCCAAACAAUGUACACUGACAAUUUUCUAUCAUGAUUGAAAUUUCAUUGUGCUAUUGUUGACAUUGGUUCUGAAAUGAAUGUGGUUGACUUUGUAGAAAAAUAAAAUUGUUAUUUGCUUCAAGAAA